AGUCUGAAAUCAGUUGCGUUACAAACUUCAGUUGUAUAAGACUACUGGAUGUAUAGUUUUCAAAAUGAAUGAUCAAGAAUUUAACAUUAAAUUCGUUGGAGAAGUAAAGAGGCAUGAAGUUCUGUACAACUACAAACUUCCGGGAUAUUCAACGAAAUUUGUGACGGAAAAAGCAUGGAAAGAGGUAUCUGCUAAAUUGGGUUUGCCAGUGCAAGAAUGCAAGGAAAAAUGGAGAAAUUUAAGGACAGUAUUUAUAAGAAGAAUGAAACCUUCGCCUAGAGGUUAUUUAGGAGGGAAGAAAAAGGCUUAUUAUUUGGAAAAUGCAAUGCAGUUUUGUGUGCCAUUCAUAAAGUCAGUGAUUCCUCCCGCAAAGGAAAAUUUGCCUUCACCAUCCUGCACAACGCAGCCGUCAACUGAUGAUAAUGAAGGUUCUGAGUUGGACGAUGAAUCUGCAAAUGCCUCACAGAAUUAUCCAUCAAUAGCUCCCUCAAUUUUAGAUUAUCCACCUCAGCAACAAACUGAAAACCCUCCUGAAAGUUUGUCAUCGAAGAGUGCCGGUACUUCUCAAAUCCAGAAGAAAACGAACAGAAGCUCAGCAUCUGUAGCUGAUCAAUCAGUUGCUGACUACUGGUACUCUAAAACCAAAAAGGCUAAGAUGAUAUCAAAUGCCGAGGCAACAGAUACUAGCAAUCAGAAGAUUGAUAGACAGCAAGGUAUUAAAAUGUUUCUGCUCAGCUUAAUACCUGAAUUGGAGGAAUUGAGUGAUUCGCAAAUCAAGCUGUUCAAACGACAGGUUUUGAGGGUGAUUGAUGACAUUUCGGCCUUGGACCACCAUCAGCAGCCAUGGUCUUCAUCAGCUCUUACGGUACUCGCAUCCCCAACUAUCUCCGAAUCAGGCGACUCACAUUUCCAGUGUACUUAAUCAAAUGAACAGUGCAUAUGUUUAUGAGGCAUUAAUUCUAAUAUGUAAAUAUGUUUUUCUUGAUUUCAUUUGGUUUCUAUCUAUUGAUCAUUAUAUUACCUUGUUACUAGAAUUUCUAGACAAUACAGAUGAGUUGUUAC